GUUGGAAAUAAAUUUGUCAAACGACGAACCGCCUGACCCGAAGUAAAUCUCCAAGGUUCAUCCUCGCCAGGUAAAAUGACGAUGAUGAUGAUAAUAAUAACGAAACGUCGACCGACGCGGAUCCUGUGAAGAUCGUUAGGAUUUUUCAACUCUGUAAAAUUGACGCAUACAACGGCGGAAUCAAACGCCUCGCCUGCCUCCUGCAAAUUGCAUUUAUCUCGAGGACCCAGAGGAAAUAGACGCAAAGCUCGAUAAGCUUGGAUUCAGGUGCGCUAUAUGUGCGCGCGCGGAUAUCGACCCGCUACCAAAAAUUUCUCGGGCAAACAUCAACCGCACAGAACAGGCCAUGUCACUUUCAGCGUAUUGCCUGACAUAUUUUCUCCCGAUUUUCGUGCUAUUAGUCAACGUUUCCGAAGGACGAAUAGUCAAUGACCUUCAACCGCAUCUUGGAGAAACGUUCUAUGGAGAAAUACGCGAACUUCUGAGGCGGAGACUCAACAACAUCGAGAACGAUGCCCCAAUUUUGGAGAACGAGCAACCGCCCCACCCAGAGGAGAAUCCCUCCUGGCGUGGGCCUCAACAUUUGGGUGAAAUUUCGGGGGUCGCCGUGGAUCCCACCGGCAGACCCGUAGUUUUUCAUCGCGGUCACCAUACCUGGAAGUAUUCCACGUUCAACUCGAGCUUCCACUAUCAGGACGUGACGAAGGGACCAAUCCUCCAGGACACGGUGCUCACUCUCGACCCCUCGAACGGCGAAAUAAUCGAUAGCUGGGGAAAAGGCAUCUUCUACAUGCCGCAUGGUCUCCACAUCGACGUCUACGGUAACGUCUGGUUAACGGACGUCGCCCUCCAUCAAGUUUUCAAGUUUCGGAGGAAUGCGAGAUACCCGAGCCUCGUACUCGGCGAAAGAUUUCAACCCGGCAGAGACUCCGUUCAUUUUUGUCAACCGACGAACGUCGCCGUUGCCCCAGCCGGGGAAAUAAUCGUCGCCGAUGGCUACUGCAAUAACCGAAUAAUGGUUUUUAACGCGGCCGGAGGUUUAUUGGAAGUGAUACCGCAGCCCGGAGAAUUUUUAUCGCUGCAAGUACCACACGGAUUAGCUAUUCUUCCGGAUCUGGACGUAGUUUGCAUCGCCGAUAGAGAGAACAUGAGAGUAACGUGUCCCAACGUGGGGCUUAUGCAAUCGAGAACUAGAAGCCCUCCGCUGACUAUUCAGCAGCCGGAUUUAGGAAGAGUUUUCGACGUGGCGCCUUACGGUAACUAUAUCUACGCCGUCAACGGUCCAACGUCGCCUAUGAUUCCAAUUAGAGGAUUUACCCUGGAUCCGAGGACCGAAAGAAUCAUCGAUCACUGGUCUCCUUUGUCAAGCAAAUUUGGCCAGCCUCACGGAGUCGCAGUUUCUCCGAAUGGAACCGCUCUUUACGUCGUUCAGCUCGAACCCAAUAAAGUUUGGAAGUUCGAUCUCGUACGAUCCUUCACGAAGAAGUAAAAUCUGGAUAUCAUGAAUCGAGAAUAACGGAUACCCGCGCUAUUGCUCGUAGAACGACCCCCGGAAAAUAGACAACCCGUCAUAGACUAUUUUCAAUAUGAAUUCAGCGUACCUGGUAUGAAAAAUCUAAUAAUAUUUUUUCGAUAGCCAAUAUUUAAUCAACCGUGUAAGUACACAUUGAGAUAUCAACUGCAAUUAUCAUAUCUGUAUAGUAUAACACGUGUAUCGAUCGAUAUAAUUUUUUCUGACUGUCCGUAGAGUUGAUCACUCGAAUAAAAUGGCGAAUAAAAGCAUACGAAUUUGA